AAAACAAAUAUGGCGACCAUAAAGCUGCUCAUUAUCGCUCCCUUCGGACUAUGCUUGAUGAUGCUGCUGCUAGUUUUCUGCAGUGCAGUAGAUGCCAGCGACUCGUUGGACACACGUGAAGGCGUCGAUCUCGUGCUCAAGUGCCGUUUCACCGAGCAUUAUGACUCAAAUGAUUUCACCUUCUAUUGGGCGCGUUGGACCUGCUGCCCCACAUUGUUCGAGAACGUGGCCAUCGGCGAUGUGCAGCUCAACUCGAAUUAUCGCCUGGACUUUAGACCGGCGCGUGGCAUCUACGACCUGCAAAUUAAGAACACAUCCUACAACCGCGACAACGGACGCUUCGAGUGCCGCAUCAAGGCAAAAGGCACCGGCGCCGAUGUGCAUCAGGAGUUCUACAACUUGACGGUUCUGACGGCACCGCAUCCACCGAUGGUCUCUCCUGGCAACAUAGCCAUCGCUACCGAGGAGCGACCCCUGGAGCUGACUUGCGGCAGCAUUGGAGGCUCGCCGGAUCCGAUGAUAACCUGGUACCGUGAGGGCAGCAACGUGCCCCUGCAGUCCUAUGCACUGAAGGGCGGCUCCAAGAACCACUACACAAAUGCCACACUGCAGAUUGUACCACGACGCGCCGACGAUGGCGUCAAAUACAAAUGCGUCGUUUGGAAUCGUGCCAUGCCCGAGGGUCAUUCGUUGGAAACAACCGUGGCGCUGAAUGUCAACUAUUACCCCCGAGUUGAGGUCGGCCCACAAAACCCAUUACGCAUUGAACGCGAUCACAUCGCCAAGCUGGACUGCCGUGUGGAUGCCAAGCCGAUGGUCACAAGUGUCCGAUGGUCACGCAAUGGUCAGUAUGUGAGUGCGACGCCUAGUCACACGAUCUAUCGAGUGAGUCGCCAUCACGCGGGCAAAUAUACAUGCAGCGCUGACAACGGACUGGGAAAGACAGGUGAAAAGGACAUUGUGCUGGACGUGCUAUAUGCACCGGUGGUGGUAAUCGAGUCCAAGACGCACGAAGCCGAAGAAGGUGAAACCGUUUUGGUCCGUUGCAAUGUGACGGCCAAUCCACCGCCGAUAACUAUUGAGUGGUUGAAGGAAGGAGCACCUGAUUUCCGUUACACGGGUGAGCUGCUCACCCUGGUCUCAGUGCGCGCGGAGCAUGCUGGAAAUUACAUUUGUCGGUCCGUCAACAUAAUGCAGCCGUAUAACUCAAAGCGUGUCGAGGGUGUGGGUAAUUCGACGGUGGCUCUGCUGGUACGUCAUCGCCCUGGCCAGGCCUAUAUAACACCCAACAAACCGGUAGUGCAUGUAGGCAACGGAGUAACCCUCAGCUGCUCGGCCAAUCCACCAGGCUGGCCAGUUCCUCAGUACCGUUGGUUCCGUGACAUGGAUGGGGAGAUGUCGAAUACGCAAAAAAUUCUGGCGCAGGGUCCGCAAUACUCCAUUCCCAAGGCACAUUUGGGCAGCGAGGGCAAGUAUCAUUGCCAUGCGGUGAAUGAGCUGGGAAUUGGCAAAAUGGCCACCAUUAUUCUAGAAGUUCAUCAGCCCCCUCAGUUCCUAGCCAAACUGCAGCAGCAUCAAACGCGGCGUGUUGGAGAUGUGGACUAUGCAGUCACAUGCAGUGCCAAGGGCAAACCUACACCUCUUAUAAGAUGGAUCAAGGAUGGCACAGAAAUUCUGCCCACGCGAAAAAUGUACGACAUUCGAACCACACCAAGUGAUGUGGGAGGCGGUGUAAUUACUGUGCAAAGCAUACUUAAGUUCCGUGGCAAAGGCAGGCCAAAUGGCAAUCAGUUGGUUCCUGGUGAUCGGGGUCUCUAUACCUGCCUCUACGAAAACGAAGUGAACUCGGCGAACUCCUCGAUGCAUCUACGCAUUGAGCAUGAACCCAUUGUGCUGCAUCAGUACAACAAGGUGGCCUAUGAUGUACGCGAGUCUGCCGAGGUAGUUUGCAAGGUACAGGCAUAUCCUAAGCCGGAAUUCCAAUGGCAAUUCGGCAACAAUCCCUCGCCGUUGACAAUGUCUUCUGAUGGCCACUAUGAGAUAAGCACACGCAUGGAUAAUAAUGAUGUGUACAUCUCGGUCCUGCGAAUAGGUCACUUGCUCCACUCCGAUUAUGGCGAAUACACAUGUCGAGCCGUCAAUCCCCUAGACGCUAUUCGCACUCAAAUCCGGUUACAGCCCAAAGGACCGCCGGAGCGCCCUACUUCGCUUAAAGUUCUCGAAGUGGCUCACAACUAUGUGGUUCUCGGCUGGAUGCCAGGCUUCAAUGGCGGCCUCAUGAGCACCAAGUAUCUUGUUAGCUAUCGUCGCGUUGCAACUCCUCGCGAGCAACUGCUCAGCGAUUGCAGCGGCGGAGGGGGCUUCACAGGCAGCUAUCAGAUUAGUCCUGCCAGUGGAGCACACGAGUGGAUUGAAUUUAAUUGCUUUCGAGAGAAUCCCUGCAAGUUAGCUCCAUUGGAUCAACAUCAGAGCUACGCCUUUAAGUUGUAUGCUCUAAACUCCAAAGGCACUUCAGGUUACUCCAAUGAGGUUCUGGCCACCACGAAGGUCAGCAAAAUUCCACCGCCGUUGCAUGUAACCUAUGAUCCUAAUUCUCACGUGCUGGGUAUUAACGUGGCGGCCACGUGUCUCUCACUAAUUGCCGUUGUCGAGUCGUUGGUCAAUCGUCAGACACCCGUCGCCACCUGGGAGAUUGUGGAUACGCUGACGCUGCUGCCCUCAGGAAACGAGGCCACUUUCAAGGAGGCCGUCAUAAAUCAUAUGGCUCGCACGGCUCACUACACGACAGCCACGUCCGGCCGCAGCUUGGGGGGCAGCAGCUCCGUAGGAGGUGCACAGAUGGGCGAGGAUAUCACAAUGGCCCUGGCCGAAACUGCGGGUCAGGGUCCAUCCGUGCGUGUCAAGCUGUGCCUCCGCAAUAAUCACGAGCAUUGCGGCGCUUAUGCGAAUGCAGAAAUUGGAAAGUCGUAUAUGCCCAACAGCUCCACACUGACCACAUCCGCGGUGGUGGCUAUUGUCAUUGCUGCGCUCUCGUUUCUACUCUUCCUCGGCUUACUCUACGCUUUCUGCCGCUGUCGACGCAGGCAUGCGGCCAAGAAACAUGCUGCAUCAGCAGCCGCAAACGCAACCUCCGCGACUGGAAAGGAAUAUGAACUGGACUCGGGCAGGCCUUCGUUGGUGGCACAAACAACCACUGCUGGCAGCGCCCCACAGUCAACAUCAAGCAUUACAGGCCAGCCCCCACCACCUCCCUACUAUCCCACUGGCAGCCUGGACAGCAAGCAACUCGACACUGGCCAUGGUAUGGAACUGACACUCAGUGCCCUCCACGAUCCCGACGAGCAGCUGAACAUGCAGCAAGGCGAGACGCAUGCAGCUCACUAUUCCACGCAGCAGCAACAGCAGCAGCAGCAGCAAAAAGCUUCACAUGGUCUCUACGGCGCCGUCCAGCAGCAGCAGAAUGGAUAUGGCUAUCAUGUGACAAGUGCCAUUGGUGUGGAUGGCGACAGCUAUCAAGUGCUGCCGUCGGCCGCUGGACAUGGAGACAGCAAUGGCAGAGACCCCAACGCCUCCGCCUCCAGUGAGAACAGCUAUAGCAAUGCCCGAGAUCUCUCGCAGGACACACUGUGGCAUCUCCAGGCCACUGCUGGCCAGCAAAUCUAUGUGGAGCGCCCACCCUCCGCCUUUAGCGAUGCCCUGGCCAACUGUGUGGUGGACUAUGCCGGCUAUUCGCCGCAUAUAAAUACGGUGACCAGUUCUCUUAGCCAGCAGAACUUUUCAGCGCAACCACCGGCAUCUGUAGCGGGGCCACACGAGAUGCUCCAAGCGGCACAGCGUUAUGGCACGUUGCGAAAAGCCAAGCCUCCGCUGCCGCCUCAGCGUAUGGAGCAUCAACAACAGCAAAAGCAGCAGCAGCAAACAAAGCUGGCAGACAUAAUACAGGAUUUGGCAAAUUAAACUAAUUGCCAGUUGGGCAACAUAACCAAAUACAACAACUAAACCGUAGCCGAAAUAUGAACCAUAGAAAAAAGGAAUGAAUACAAAAUGUUUUCGACAUAAGCGUUAAGUAAGUAAAUUGGACAAACCAAAAACAAGCAUUUUAUUCAAUUCUUAGGAGUUAAGUAGCAGCAGCAACAACAAAAACCAAAUUAAUAAAUAACAAAAGUAACAGGAAAAUUAAUUUAAGGUAUCUCUAACC